AUGUUACUGGGCAAGUUGUGUUCCAAGGUCUUCUCUGUGGGUUAUUUGGGUAAAAUUUCUGAUGCCCUAGUUCAUUUAAUAUGGAAUCUAAGCAAGAAAUUAUAUGUUUCAGCCAUGUUGAAUCUCAUCCCUGCUGUCACCUACUUCAUGUCUGUUAGUCUCCGUCUUGAGAAGUCAAAUCUUGGAACAGCAGGUGGGAUGGCCAAGUUGGUGGGAACUUUAACAGGAGUUGGUGGUGCCAUGAUCCUCACGUUCUACAAAGGAAGAAAGAUAUGCCUCUGGUCAACACAAAUUUCCUUGUUGCACCAUGCACCAUCACCACAUGGUGCCCCCACAGGUUCUCUCUUGUGGGGUUGCAUACUAGCCUUUGGAGCCGCUUUGAGCUACUCAGUGUGGCUGAUAAUCCAGGGAAUCUUGGCCUCGGGAGUGUGUUACACCCUUUUAGCAUGGUGUGUGCGCAGGAAGGGACCCUUAUUUGCGUCUGCUUUUAGUCCUCUAAUGCUGGUGAUUGUGGCCCUUUCCGAGCAAUUGGUAUUACAUGAAUGUCUCAACGUUGGAAGUGUUAUAGGAUCAGUGUUGAUUGUGGGGGGAUUGUACCUGUUGUUGUGGGGCAAAAGCAAGGAAACAGAGACGAAGCGAAAUGAGGUGUCCUCAGAAGACCUUGUUCAAUGUGAAGCAAUCCACGAUACCAAUCCAUCUUUGGCAUGCUGCCAAAGGGACGAACAUCACAAGAACAUCAAAAAGCAAAAACUAAAAAGGUGGGGAAUGGGAAGAUCAAACAUUGAUGUGUGA